ACAAACCAAAUUCACUUCUGCCUGCCCGCGUGCAGCUCCCCAUCCGGCCGGCCCUUUAUUAUUUAUUUAUUUUUUAUUCCGUCUCCGCAUUUCGCCUGCAUUGGUGCACACAUGGAUUUCUCCGAGCAGAGAGACAUGCAGAGGCAGCUGCACGAGGGCGCGGUUGGAGUUGCCCCUCGUGCCCCAGGGGACGCGGUUCAAUUGCCCCUUGAUGUCACCGAGCGCAAAACGUUCUGCCCCGCGGAAAAGAAAUCGGGAGAAAUAGAUUCCAAUAAAGUGUACGGGACGUUUCCGACCGGUGCGCCCGUUCCUCCCCCGGUUCCUGCCCCUCAUAAGGAUGCCUCCGGGCCGUUUUUACCCCAAACGGAUAAAGCCAUGUCGCAGAAUAACUGCCCCUCCUCCGCGAAACAGGGGGCAAUGGUGGUUCUGGGCACAGAUGGCACUGCGUCUGUUCAGCUCAACCGGGCGGAGCAAGAUGAUGAUGAUGAUGAAGAAGGUGAUGAGAAUAAAGCGAGAGGGAACUGGUCCAAUAAACUGGAUUUUAUUCUCUCUAUGGUUGGUUAUGCUGUGGGUUUGGGAAACGUGUGGAGGUUUCCAUAUCUCGCCUUCCAAAAUGGAGGAGGUGCAUUUUUGAUCCCAUACUUGAUCAUGUUGAGUCUUGCUGGAAUUCCCAUCUUCCUUCUGGAAGUUUCUUUGGGCCAGUUUGCCAGUCAAGGACCCGUUUCUGUAUGGAAGGCUAUUCCAGCUUUACAAGGUUGCGGGAUUGCCAUGUUGAUUAUAUCAGUCUUGAUAGCCAUAUAUUAUAAUAUAAUAAUGUGCUGGACUCUGUACUACCUGUUCGCUUCGUUCACUUCGUUGAAGGGCUUAUUGCCAUGGUCUUACUGUACAAACGAAUGGAACACAGCUGAGUGCAAAGACAAAGACAUGCUGCAGCUAGAUUCCUGUAUCCUUCGAGACAGAAACAUCACCUCCAUUAAGAACACGACAUUUUGUUUGUCUGCGAAUGCUGCUGGGAGUUUAAGCAAGCUGUUAAAUAUCACAACGGAUAACAGAACCUAUGUCAGCCCCAGUGAAGAAUAUUUCAAAUAUAAUGUGUUGCACAUUUCCAAAGGGAUUGAGUAUCCAGGAGAUAUCCGCUGGCCCUUGGCCGCUUGUCUUUUUCUGGCAUGGCUCAUUGUGUAUGCUUCCCUGGCUAAAGGAAUCAAGUCAUCAGGCAAGGUGGUGUAUUUCACAGCCACCUUUCCUUACGUGGUUUUGGUGAUUUUGUUGAUCCGUGGUGUGACACUGCCUGGAGCAGGAUCCGGGAUUCUUUACUUCAUUACACCGAAAUGGGAAAAACUCAAUGAUGCCAAAGUAUGGAAGGAUGCUGCGACUCAGAUCUUCUUCUCCCUCUCUGCAGCAUGGGGAGGGUUAAUCACUCUCUCCUCAUACAAUAAAUUUCAUAACAACUGUUAUCGGGACACUAUAAUAGUGACGUGUACAAACAGCGCUACAAGUAUUUUUGCUGGUUUUGUGAUUUUCUCUGUCAUUGGCUUCAUGGCUCAUGAGCUUAAGGUGCCGAUCGAGAAAGUGGCAGAUGAAGGUCCUGGCAUUGCUUUUGUGGUUUAUCCAGAAGCCCUCACUAGGCUACCAAUCUCUCCAUUUUGGGCCAUCAUCUUCUUCCUCAUGCUCCUAACGCUUGGACUGGAUACCAUGUUUGCGACCAUCGAGACUAUCGUGACAUCAGUAGCUGAUGAAUUUCCCAAAUAUCUGCGAAAGCACAAGCCUCUCUUCACCCUCGUGUGCUGUGUGUGCUUCUAUAUUCUGGGCUUCCCGAUGAUAACUGAGAGUGGCAUGUACAUGCUACAGCUAGUUGACACCUAUGCAGCCUCGUAUUCUCUUGUCAUCCUAGCCAUCUUUGAGCUAAUUGGAAUUUCUUACAUCUAUGGCUUGCAACGGUUCUGCGAGGACAUAGAAAUGAUGAUUGGUUUCCAGCCGAACAGGUUCUGGAGGAUGUGUUGGGCUUUUGUAACACCGACUAUUCUCACAUUUAUUUUGGUGCUGAGUUUGUACCAGUGGAAGGUGAUGACCUACGAGGACUACACCUACCCCACCUGGUCCAUGGUGCUCGGCUGGCUCAUGGUCAUCUGCUCUGUUAUCUGGAUCCCCAUCAUGUUCGUCAUUAAGAUGUACCUUGCUCCAGGAACCAUCAUCGAGCGAUUGAAGCUUGUAUGUUCUCCUCAGCCUGAUUGGGGUCCUUUCUUGAUGAAGCAUCGUGGUGAGCGCUAUAAAAACAUGAUUGACCCACUUGGAACAAAUUCAUUGGGGCUCAAACUUCCUCCAAAGGACUUCCAGCUAUCUGGCCCUUGACCUCAUGACCGUCGCCCACUGACUUUUUGACUUCAUUUGUCUACCCUCAAUUUCUAUUAAUACCUUAGUACGCACUAAUCGACAGACUUAUCAACACACCAGGGGCUUAAACUCUGUUUAAACUCUUCCAGCCACUUUCUUCAACUUCAAUUUUCUACCUUCAAGUUCUUGUUAUUCCUUCCUCCUAGAAGGAAAGACCUCUUUCUCUUAUAACUGUCCACCCUUUCCUUUGUGUUCACUGUUCCCUCUUCUCUAAAAACUUAUUUUUCUUUCUUCUUGACUGCAUAGCCGCUAUCAUUUCAAUGGUGGACAUCUUGUAUACACCUUUCUGCAUACUUUUUCUCCCUCUCAUACACAAACAUAUCCUGAAAGACCCAAAUCACGUACGGGAGAUGAACAAUUAUUUAUUUCUUUUUUAAGGCUAAUUCCUGCUCUUUACCUGCUCUUUAAAUCCGUAAAUCUGUGCCUCUGACCUCUUCUGAAUAUAACAAUAAUAGGUUUUAUUUUGUGCAGCAUCUUUCUGUCAUUGUUGCUGUACAAUUCAGAAUAAAUAUGAAGCUAGAAGGACAGCAUUAUGCUAGCUGCUAAAUCCUAUAUUCCUGCAUUACAAGAAGCACAAAGCUAGUUGUUGAUUUCUUUCAAUUACGUAAUCUCUAAAAACUGUAUGCACAUUAACCUCUCACGUGAAUAAGCAGACGAUUGCAGCCAUAAUGUUUAGAACACUACUCAGUGGCCAGGUAGCAUUUAUGUGUGAAAACAUAUAUAUUUAACGCUACAUGUUUGUGAUCUUUACUUGUGUCUUUUAUGCAAGAAGGAGAAUCUUUAUGAUA